CUCCCGCGCUAGUGCCCGGCAUUCUGGCCAUUGUAGAUUAGCCAGCCACCCACACAAUGCACUCAGCCCGCAAGAGCCGCGACAGGACCAUACCAGGGUAAGGAGGCUGCCCGGAUGUAAUGGGAGGCGCCGCCAUCAUCAGUUCGCCGCAGCGGCGGACACCGGAAUCGUUCGACGCGGCGGCGGCUGAGACGCGCUUCGCCAACAUCGCGGGUGGCAAGCAGGCUCCGUACAGCGACGUGGACAACGCGCUGAUCCUGCGGGCCCUGCGGCGCCAGGCGGACGUCGUGCGGCUCACGCCCGUGGUGCUACCAAAUGGCACGGUCCUCGAAACCGAGGUGCGCUUCGGCGCGCACGCGGUGAGCGAGCGGGUCCGAAAGCCGCCCGCGACGGGCAUGAUCCUGAGUGGAAAUCAAAUUUCGGGCGCCCCACGCCAUCGACGCGACGUUGUCCCCGUGGAUAAUCUAACUCACUGGUCGAUUUCCACACAGGCAUGAUCCAAGUCGACCUCGCGACCGAGAACACGCUGACGGUCGUGCGGCUCCUUGGGAAAGGGGAAAAGGCCACCUCCCCUCUCAAAGUCAAGGCAGCUCGUCAUCACCAGCCCGUCGACGCGCGCACGCCGCAGCACGGUUUGCACACAAAGCAUGGUCAGUUGUAUCCUAACUUGAGGAAGCGCUUCUCUCGCGUGGGCGCCGUGGCGGUCCUCUGCUUCCUCUGCCAGUUAUUUGCACGUUUCGGCGCGCCAGUAUACUGCCACUGGAUGACGAUUGAAUACGAGAUGCCUUUGAACGCAACCAAGGUCGAGACACGGUACGACCUCUGGAACGCGCACGUCAAGACAGAGAAUGGGAAAGAGACGGAGGCGCUCGAGACGGACGACAAGAAGUGCGCCGGCGACGCGUUCUGCGAGGCGCUCGUUGCGUCCAGCAAUACGGCGCGGGACACCACGGUGGUGGGAGUGACCUCGCUUUUGGUCGCCGUGCCCGCCCUGGUCCUGGCCAGGCAGAGUCCUCGCCCGCACCACGGGAAGCUCUUCGCUGUCCUCUGCCUGGGCUUAAUGUUAGGCGGCCUCGUGGCCCUCGCGGGCGCCGGCAACUACCGGACGGAGAUGACGGAGGCCGUCGAGGACCACGACGUGUUCGACGGACAGGUCUGCACGGUCGGCUGCUUGCUUUCGAUUCUGGGCGGCGUCGCCGCGCUCGUGGUCGGCCUCCUGGCGCUCGUGCUCCACUUCGCGAUCCCGCCACGGAAGUUGCAUCUCAAGUCCGUGCGUCCGACCUGACGAGUCCUUCUCGACGCCGUCGCCCGGGGCGACGCAUCCAUAAUAGUUUGUGUUUUCUUUAA